UAGUUUUGAGUCACAUUCUACAGACAAGUGCUGCAAAUUUUGGAUAAUGAAUCACUCUACUGCCUCUAUGAGCUCCUUCCUCAACAUCAUCCUCAUCAUCAAUUUUUUGCUAAUUGCAUUUUCACACCAACAAUCAUCCUCAUCACGUGCUUCGGAGAUUGGGCCUCUGGCUCGGGAACUGCUUGAAUCGGCUAGAAAGCCCGAGUUCUUCGACUGGGUCAGAGGGGUCCGAAGGAGAAUCCAUCAGUACCCUGAACUCGGGUUUGAGGAGCACAAGACGAGUCAACUCAUUCGAUCCGAGCUCGACUCUCUCGCCGUCGAAUAUGCUUGGCCGGUCGCCAAGACUGGGGUCGUGGCUUCGAUUGGGUCCGGGGCUCGACCCUUCUUUGCCCUCCGAGCUGAUAUGGAUGCCCUCUCUCUCCAGGAACUAGUUGAUUGGGAGUACCGAAGCAAAAUUGAUGGCAAGAUGCAUGCCUGUGGUCAUGACUCUCACGUAGCAAUGCUGCUUGGAGCAGCAAAGUUGCUCCAAGCAAGGAAGGACAAAUUGAAGGGAACAGUGAAGCUAGUUUUCCAGCCAGGAGAAGAGGGUUAUGCUGGUGCUUAUCAUAUGUUGCAAGAUACUGUUCUCGAUAAUGUAGAAGCCAUAUUUGGUUUACAUGUUUAUCCAUCAUUCUCCACUGGCGCAAUUGCUUCGAGGCCUGGUCCAGUGCUCGCCGGUGCUGGACUGUUUACGGCCACAAUUCAAGGGAAGGGCGGGCAUGCGGCAAUGCCCCAUACAACUAAAGACCCAAUUCUUGUAGCAUCAUUGGCUAUCAUUGCUCUCCAACAGAUAGUGUCACGGGAGACGGAUCCUCUUGAGGCCGGAGUGGUAACAGUUGGGUUCAUAGAGGGAGGUCAAGCAGGAAAUGCGAUUCCAGAGAUUGUUAAGUUUGGGGGAACUUAUAGAAGCUUGAGCCCUCAAGGUCUCUCCCACACCAAGGGAAGAAUCAAAGAGAUCAUCGAGAUUCAGGCAACCAUGCAUCGGUGUAAUGCCACGGUGGAUUUCAUGGAGGAGACACCCCUACCCUAUCCAGUACUCGUUAAUGAUGAAGUGUUGUAUGAACACGCAAAGGGGGUUGGAGAGGUCCUGCUUGGGAAGCAGAAUGUGCAGAUACUUCCAGUGACUAUGGGAGCUGAAGAUUUCAGCUUCUAUUCACAGAAGAUGCCGGCUGUGAUGUACGCUGUCGGGACAAAGAACGAGACUCUGAAAUCAGAUCACCCAUUGCACUCGCCUCACUUUUUUAUUGAUGAGGAGGCUCUUCAAAUCGGGUUGGUAGAAAUUAUUGAAGUUGAAUGCUGCAGAGAGACAAGUCAAAACCCAAGUCUUGGAUCGCAUGCUCUUCAGAGGCUACUAUGAUCGUACCCACCAAAAAAAAUAAAAAAAUUCAACCCAUUUGCGUCAAUGCCUCACCAUUAAACCUCAGCAAUCCAUCGCUCACUCGUCGAUUGUGCAGGUACAUAUAUAUAUGCAUGAAUACUUGGAAAUUAAUGGUCUUUGUUUCUGGGUUUUGUUUCAAUUUCUCUGCAAUUGCUCAUUUGUAUUGGUUCUUCGCCCAGUGUUUACUUGUUCAAGCAUGUGGGUUGUGGGUUGUGGUUCUUUUAGCCCUUUGUUUGUUUUUGUCGCACACAUGUGUGUGAAAAGAUCUGAGUGAGACUGGAAAAUAGACCAGCUUUAACACUGGGUUUCCUUGGCCAUUGGUGGAGCCAGAAAAUUUAU